AUGAAUGAAGAUUUAAAAUUAGGGUCAAUUGUUUGGCCUAAUUUUUGUUCACCUUUUAGUAUAUCUUGUUAUGCAAUAAAUGAAAAUUGUUCCAUUCUGGCUGUUGGUAGUUAUGAAGGAAGUAUAAUAUUAUUUAAAAUAGAUGAAAAUGAAAAUUACAUAAAUGAUUUAGAAAUUAUGAAAAAUUUAAGUAAUGAUAAUAAAAAUGUAAAAGAUAAUAUAGAUAAUAAAAGUAAAAAUGAAUAUAUAUGUUGUAGAAACACUUUUACAAAAAAUAAUGAGUGUAAAGAAAAUAUGAAAGUUUUCUCACAUGAUAGUAAAAAUAAUAAAGAUUCUUGUAACUGUGAAGAGAAAAAACAUAUACAUAUGGAUAAUAAUAAUAAUAAUAAUAAUACUUAUUUUGAUGAAGAUGGUGAUGAUAAGAAUAAUGUAAAUAAGGAAAAUAUUAAUUUAAAUAAUAGAAUAAAUUUGCUCCCAUACAGUAUUCUAUUAAAUAAUAAUAAUACAUGCAAUAACACUAUUGUACAGUUAAAUUUUGGUUUAUCAUGUAGUUCUACUAUUGAAUGCAUAUCAAAAGAAAUAUUAAUUUCAUUGCAUAUGGAUAAUAUGAUAUAUAUUUGGUCGUUAGAUGAAGGAAGAUGCUUUAAAAUUUUAAAGAAUUUUGAUUUUUUUAUAUAUAAUUUAAGAAUAUUACCUGAUAGAAGAUUUCUACUUGUAUCUGGAGAUAAGAAAAUAGUAUUAAUUGAUUUGUGGGCAAACAAAGGCAAAGAAAUAAUUGCAUAUCUAAUAAUAGAUAAUUAUAAAAAUAGAGAGAUAGAUAAUAAAGAAGAAAUUUUUAUAAAAAAAGAAAGUGAUGACAAUUAUAUAGGGGACAUUGAUGAUAAAUAUUAUUCUUCAUCUUCUAAUGAAUCAGAAAUAAAUAGUAUUUCUAUUGAAAAAGAAAAACUUAAUACAAAUAUUCAGAAACAUAUUCCCCAAGAGAAUGCUCAGAUAAAAAAAAGAAAAAAUUCUAAUGAUAUUAAAAUUUGUUCUAUAGCAACCGGAUUAGUACCUUAUUUAAGAGAAGAAAAUCAGAGAUUAUUAAUUCAAUGCUUUAAAUUAUUAAAAAGAAAAUUAUUUAGUAUUCAAGAAAAAAAGGAUAAAAGUGAAAACCUUUCAAAUCAAUAUAUUGUUAAAAAUGAUGAAAAAUAUAAUGAAUUAAAUGAAGAAUAUAUGAAAAUAAAGGAAAAUGAAAUAAAUCAAAAUCUUAAUAAUUUAUUCUAUUGUCCUGCAUUAAUAUGUGCAUCUUUAAAUAAUGGAGACAUAAUAUGUUGGGAUUUGACUGAUUUUCUGAAUUAUUACAAAAGUAAGUUUCGUUUUGUCGUAAGAACUGAAAAAACAGAAAUUGAAUUGUUCAAUGAAAUCAUAGAAGAUAUAGCUGAGAAUUGCAUAUAUGAUGAUUUGAUUAAAAGAAGAUUUAACUUUUCUCGUGAUUUAAAUUUAAAGACUUAUGAUAAAUGUAUAAAACAUAAAGAUAUAUAUAAGCAGAAUCAGGGGGUAUAUUUUAUUGAACCAACUUUUAUUUCAAAUUUGCAACAAUCACAAAAUCUCUUAGAAAUAGCUACUAACGGAAAUUCAAGUCAAAUAUCUAUAAUUGAUAAUUAUAUAAUUAUUUUACAGAAAACAAGAUUAAUUAUAUAUGAAAGAAAAAAUUCUUCUUCCUUUUUUGUACCAUUGAUGGAUAUAUUUUGUCCAGAUUAUCAAAAAUCUAAAAGAAAAAAAAAAAAAAAUUCUCAUUGGAUAGGAAUACAAGUUUUAAGAAGGCCAAUAUGGAAAUUUUCCUCAGGUAUUUUUAAAAGUAUUAGCUUUAAAAAAAAAUCAUUUAAUAUUAUGCAAAAGUUAUCUAAGAAUAUAUGUGGUUCUAUCAUAGCUUGGACUACUGAAGGGAAUUUUUACUGUUAUACACUACCUUUAAAAUUUUCUAGUUUAUUUUUAUCUUUUCAAUCAAAUAUAAAAUCCUUUUUUUUAACUAAGAUUUCAAAACGCUUUUUAGGCUCAUUUAAAAGUCCAGUUCCUAUUAUCAUUCACAGGAAAAAAUUGUCAAAAAUUAAAGAAAAAAAAAAAAAUGAUGAUAAGGAUAAAAUUGAAAUAAAAAUAAAUGACAGUUGUGAGAUACUUACAAAUGAAAACCAAAAUUUUUCAUUAGAAUCUAUUAAAUCGUAUAAGAAUUCAAAUGAUGUCAAUAGUUCACAAAAAAAUAAAAAACACAUCAAAAGAAUAAAAAAUAUGAAUUUAGAAAAAUAUUCUAAAAGCAAAGAUGAUUUAUUCUUCUUUUUUGUAAAUAAAAAUUAUAUGAAUAGAGUUAUUUUUUUUGAAUAUUUACACAACAAUUGGUAUAAAACAUCAAAAAUAGAUAAUGUGUGGCUCUUACCAAAACAAAAAAAUAUAAAAGAAGAAAUGAGUAACAUAACUUGUAAUAAGGUAGUAAAUGAUAUAAAUUUAGAAUGUAAAAAUAUAUAUGUAAAAAAUGAUAAAAAUAAAAAAAAUAAAAAUGGAAUUAUAAGAUAUAACAUGAUGAUGAAUCACCAUAUUAACAUUGAAGAUGAGAACAAAAUAAAAGGAGAAAAUUCUAAAAGAAAUAGAAAAGUAGCUACAUAUGCUAUAGUAGAAUAUAGAUUAAACAUAUAUAUUAUUAUAAGUUACUUAAGUGGUAUUGUGACUAGUACAUUAAUUAAUGCAUAUAAAAAAAUUCCUAAAAAUAAAUUAAUUUUUGAUAUACCUUUACCUAGCUGUUUUUUAAAAAAAAAAACUUUUAUAACAACUUUAUUUGGUGAAAACAAUUAUUUAAUAGGUGGUUCAAACAAAGGAGAUAUUUUGAUAUGGAAUAUAUCAGAUUUUAAAUUAGUUAAAUUUUUGGAAAAUUGCCAUUUGUCUUAUGUAUGUAGUAUUCAUAAAGUAAUAAAUGAAAAUUUUAUUUUAAAUGGAAAUAAUUAUUUAAAUAAACAAGAAAAUCAUUGGAUAUUAUCUUGCGAUGCAACCAAUGAUUUAAUUUUGUUAAAUAUUAAUAAAAGUAACUACAAGAAUAACAAAGAUAACUUCUUUUGUAAAAAUGAUGAAUAUAAAAUAGUUAUUACCACUGACGAAGAAAUUAGUAAAAAUUAUAAAAAAAAUUAUAAUAAUUUAAAUUAUAUUAAUACAUUAUUUAAAAGAAGAAAUUUAACUAACAAAGAAAAUAAAUAUAAUUUAUUAAAAAUCUUAAAAUUAAAAAGGCAAUUAAAAAUGCAAAAAUUAAGUAAAUAUUACUCAACUUUUUAUACGAAUGCAUUAUAUUCAAAAAAAUAUUAUUCAAGUAAAAUGAAAAAAAAAUUAAGAAAAAAAAAAAAAGAAGAGGAAUUAAAAAAUAUGACUCAUGUGUGUUUCCAUUGUUGUUUUAAAAGAUUAGAAAAAAAAAAUGAAAUAAAUUUUAAAUUAAUUAGUAACAUAUAUAUUAACACAUAUUCCUCUUUGCUUUAUAUUAUUUUAUUGAACAAUUGCAUUUUUAUUUAUAAUUACAAUAAUGGUCUUUUUUUAAGAUCUGUUUAUGAUUCAGAAUUUAUGAAUAUAUCUAAUAUUUCUUAUGAUAAAUGUUAUUUAAAAUUAGGAGUAAAUAUAACUAAUUUAAAUAUUUUAAAUAAAAUAAAAUUAAAGAAUAGUGAACAUAAUUUUAGAAAUAAUACAAGAAGGAAUGAAUAUUUAUUACAUAAUUAUAAAAAUGAAAAUUCUUUUAGCAGAUCUUCUUCUAUAUCUUCCUCAUCUUCCAAUUUUUCUUUUAUGUCAUCAGAAAAUAUUAGUAAACUAGAUAAAAUAGAAGAAAAAAAAAAUGCCAUAAGUAUAUCGAAUGAAAAUAAAAUUGUUUCUGAUUAUCCUAAUAUUUUUUAUGAAGGAAAAAAUAAAAUAAGAGAUGAACAAACAAAUGAUUUUUCUUUUACGGAGAAAUAUAAAACAUCGAAUAUGAAAAAUAAAAUAGAUGUAUCAUAUUACGUAAUAAAAAGUCAAAUUCCACUUAUAAGUUUUGCAUUAUUUAGAGAUAAUAAUUUAUCAAAAAAGUUCUUACCUCUAACAAAAUUGUUGUAUCAUUAUUUCUUACCAAAUAAUUGUAUAAAUAUUUGUAAGGAGUUGUUUCCAUUUUUAAUAGAUUUUCCUUCUAUUCCUUUUUCUUUGUGCAUACAUGGUAUGGAAUCUUCUCUUUCUUUUGUUAUUCCUUUGUCUACCCAGAUAUAUUAUUUUUCGAGAAUGCAUCCAAUGAAAUGGAAAAAAAAUGGAGAUGUAUAUCUUACUAUAAGUAACAAGAGAGAAGAUAAAUAUACUCUCAAAAAAAGAAGAAAAAAAGUAAAAUAUUUUUAUGAUUGUUUAAAUUUAGAGUAUGAUUUUUCUUUUAAUAAAAAAUUUGAAAAAAGUUAUUUCUUAAGUAAUACCUUUAAGAAAAAAUAUAUUUAUUUAAGUGUAAAAAUAGGAAGUUUAAAAAAAUAUUCCAAAGAUCUCAAAGAAUUAUCAAAGUAUAAAAAUUUUAAAAAACAUAAUAUUAUUUUAAGUAAUUCAAAUAAUAAACAUAAUAUAUAUAAUAUUAAUAAUAGUGCUAAAAGAAAUAAGAUAUUUUUUGAUUUAUUGGAAAAUAAUAAAAGUCAUGAUAAAAAUUUUUCAAAUACAAAUAUAUAUAGUGACUAUUUCAAAAAUGAAUAUAAAAAAAGUGAUGAUGUUUGCAAUAACAAUUCCUAUACUUGUAAUGAAAAUAAUAAAGAAGGUAAAUAUUUAGAUACUUAUUCAAAACGUAGAAACUAUAAAAAUUUUCAUUAUAACUAUUAUACUGAUUUAAAAACAGUAAAAAAAAAUUCUUUUACAUCUCAUAAAUGCCUUCUAAAUUAUUCUGAGGAUAAUUACACAAAUUAUUCUACUGAUAAGUCAAGCAUAUAUUUCUAUAUAAAAAAGAGCAAAAAAAAGAAAAAAAAGCCUAUUAUAAAAAGAGAAUACUUUUUCUCUAAUAAUACUAUUGGUGUGCACUGCAAUAGUUCAUAUGUAAGAACCUUGUAUUGUUGUUUUAUUCUUCGAUUUUUAAAUAUUUGGUUUUCAAAUUGUAAAAUUAAAUAUAAUCACUGUAUUAUAAAUAACUUUAAACAAUAUAUAAUAGAUAAUUUAACUCAAUGUAACUCCCUAAAUUUAUUUUUAUUAAGUUACAUUUCCAUGUAUCCCUAUGAUAAAAGUAUAAGGUUACAGUUACAAAGCUUUUUGCUUAGCUCAAUAAGUAAUAUAAAUGAAAAAACAUUAGAUAAAUACACAAAAACGUCCACAGAGGUUUUAAGAAUAAAUAAUAAAAAAAAAAGGAUUAUUGAAAAAAAUAUUGAUGAAAUUUCUUUAUAUGAUGCAAAUGGAGCUUAUAUAAUUUCUAUUAUUAUACCAAAGAUAGGAGGCUUAUUUUUGUAUCCAUUUAUAUAUGCAGAUGAAGUUUGUUUAACUUUAUUGUUAUUAUUAUUAGUAGCUAAAGCAGAAUACUUAUGGAAAUCUAAAACAUUUUAUACUAAUGCUAAUAUGACAACGUUGAUAAUACAUCAUAUAUGCUAUUAUAUAUUUGUAGAUACUAAAUACUUUUUAGAAAAGAAUAAUAAAUUUAAUAAAUUUAAGCUAUUUCAUUUUAUACAUUUAUUAUCAUUAAGUUUUUCUAUUACAUGGGAUUUUCAUAUAUUAACUCAAAAGGGAAUUUUUACUAAUAAUAUGAAGAACAUUUCUAAUAAUUCUUUUAAUUUAAGUUUAAAGAAAGAAGAUUUUAUAUUUAAUGAAAAACUUAUAAAUAAUAAUUAUUAUAAAGCGCUAAAAAAUUACUAUAUUACUGGGAGUUUACCAGGAGAAGAGAAAUUAAAUAACUCAUUAAGUGAAAUAAACAUAAAAAAUUACAUAGAGGACUACAUAGAAUACGUAGAUAAACUGAAUGAAGUAGAAUUUGAAAAAGAAGAAUUUCAUAUAAAUUCCAUUGAAAAUGUUCAUGUAGAUUUAAACAAUGAACAUAACAACACAACUAAUAGAUCUAAUGAUAUUUUUAAAACAUCUAAAGCAUUCACUGAUAAAUAUUAUCAUAAAUAUAUGUAUGAUGAUGAUAAGAGUACAUCAUCUCACAAAAACAAAAAUAUAUAUUGUGAAUCUUAUCAAAUAAAUUAUGAUGAUAACAAAAAACACAAAAAUGCACCAACAAUUAAUGAGAAUAACUAUAUAAAUAUAUGUCAUUUUAUAUUGAAUAUAUUUGAGUUAUAUACAUUAUCAUUAAAUAAUAUCAGUUUUCUUAAAAUAUUAAUAAAUAUUGGAAGAAUUGAACCCUUUUUAUUUUUAAAAACAUUACAUUAUAUAACAGCAAAUGUACAAAAACGUGUGUCUUGUAUUAAUAAAAUAUUAUUUCUUUUAAUUAUUUUAAUAAAAAAUUACAAAAGUAUUUUUAUUUGUUACCUGAAUAUAAUAAUCGAUAUAUUAUUAAAUUCAUUGGAUCCCUCAAAUAAUGUAAGAAUCUUAUGUUUAAAAUUAUCAACAAGUUUGAUAUAUACUCUUGUAAAGCAUUAUCCUAUUUGUUCAUUUAAUAAAUUUACACAAAAAUUAGCUGUUGUAAAUAAUAUAAAUAAAUGCAUAUAUUUAUAUGAUUUAAAGAAUGCUAAAAAAUUAAAAAUUUUUCAAGGGCAUAAGAAAAAUAUUAACUGCAUAAAAUUUGACACAAAUGGAUCAUAUCUAGCUUCUUAUUCUAAAUUAGAUUUAUCUUUUAAAAUAUGGAAUUGUACAAAUACUGGUUUAUUUAGUGGAUUUUUAAAAAUUCAUUCAAAAUAUUCCCGUGAUAUACAGUUAUCAAAAAUUAAAUUAAGUUAUUUAUAUUUAUCAGAUGAUUAUAUUGAUAUAAUUUACAAAAAAAAAAAUGAAUGGAUUUUAAAAAGAGAAGAUAAUGCUAGCUAUUUGAUUUAUAUUUAA